GAGAGAGGAAGGAUCAAGUGAAGUCCUCCAUAGCUUCUCUCACACAGAGGAAGGAAACUGCUCUACAAACUGAAGCCAAACAGAGAGAAAAGAUUUCACAAGUUAAGGAACAGGUGAAGAGUGUGCAGACUCACGUCAAGGCUGAGUUUGCUAAAAUGUACCAGAGUCUGACUGACAGAGAGCAGCGAGUGAUGGGGGAUCUCAGACAGCGAGAGGAGGAGAUUCUAAAGCGAAUGGAGACAACUCUGCGAGAGAUUCGGGGAAAGUUAGAGUCUGUGGAGCAAGAACUCUCCGAGUUACAGACACAGAUGGGGAAAGACGCUCCCACCUUCCUGCAGGAGGAAUCUGCUGCCAACAGAAGGGUCAGUGACGAGGGGUUUGAUCUGUCAGUGUGUGAGGCUCAGCUGCCGGUGGCCAAGUACCAGUGGCCUUUGAACAACACCGUCUGGAGAGAGAUUAUAGACAGCGUCAGUCCAGCUCCGGUCUCUCUGACUCUGGAUCCCGACACCGCCCAUCCCGACCUCAUCCUAUCUGAGGACCUGACCAGCGUGAGGACCGGAGACACACGGCAGCAGCUCCCGGACGGUCCCAAGAGGUUUAGUAAAUAUCCCAUAGUCCUGGGGUCUGAGGGCUUCACAUCGGGGAGACAUUACUGGGAGGUGCAGGUGGGCAACAAGACAGAGUGGGCAGUGGGAUUGGCCCGAGAGUCCGUCAACAGGAAAGGAUGGAUCACAUGGUCACCAGGGAACGGAAUCUGGGUUUUGUGGCUGAGAAACGGGGAUGAAUAUGAAGCUCUGACCUCUCCCCCCACUGUCCUGUCCCUGAGGGACAGACCCGGGAAGGUGGGAGUGUUCCUGGACUAUGAGGGGGGAGAGGUGACCUUUUACAACGCCGACAACAUGUCUCAUCUCCACACUUUCACCGACACUUUCACUGAGAAGCUUUAUCCUCUCUUCGAUCCCGGUUGGAGUGACGGCGGCAAAAACGGUGACCCUCUGAGGAUCUGUCGGGUGACGGAUUGAUGAGGAGGGAACCCUCAGCCGUGACCUGUGUUUGGCGGUGAUGGCCACGAGGCUGAACCUUCAUAGUCUGUGUCGCUGUACAAUAAAGAUUGUGGUUUAUAUCA